AUUUUUAUAUGAAUUUGUUUAGGAAGAAGUAAAAAUAUAUGGCUCAGUCCGAAAGGUUCAGCGUUGUUUACGUUGCAACUGCAUGUGCCUACUGACACGAUACUUGGGAGACGAAUCUCAAUUUUGCAACAUUUGGUAUCUGUUGCAAUUGUGUCUGCGUUUAAGUCUCUACCUGGAUACGAGGACAUCGAUCUGAGACUAAAAUGGCCUAAUGAUAUUUAUGCUGGUGAUAAUGUUAAGAUUGGUGGAAUGAUUAUAGCGACUCAUGUUUUGUCAAAUCUUAAUAUAUGUAACGUUGGAGUUGGAGUAAAUUUAUUUAAUAAAGAACCUACGUGUUGUAUUAACGAUAUAGUUACUGCAUUUAACGAUAUGUAUAAAAAGAAGUUGAAAAUGAUAUCAUACGAACAAUACUUUGCUAUUGUAUUCAACGAAAUCGAGAGAUGGUUAAAUAUCGUACAAAGUGGCAAUGUAGAUGUUUUUUUGGAUGCAUAUUAUGCUUAUUGGAUGCACACCGAUACAAACGUGACGAUAUUAUCAGCCUCUGGGUUGUCACAGAACGUUAAGAUACUAGGCAUAGACGAUUUUGGAUAUUUGCGUGUCCGUGGAGAGGACGGAGCGAUAUUCACCGUACAUCCGGAUGGCAAUACCUUCGAUUGCCUCAAGGGUCUGAUAGCACCGAAAUUCAAGUAGAAUUAACGACUCUGUUAAAAUGUGUUUCUAACAUUUGAUUGUACACUUGUUGUUCUUUUUUUAUUUUUAUACAUCGUCUGUGUAUAUAUAUAUAUAUCUAUUGUAUUAGAAAAGUGAAUUUCAAUCAAAGCCAGUCGGCGAGUUUAGUUUUGUUAAUAUGUUUCGUUUUCUUAUGAAUCGUUUAUACAGCAAAUGUAAGGAGUGUACAAAAUGUAAUGCUACUUCAUCCGAGUCCAUGGUUCUUGUUACGCGAUUCGAUGUCAUGUUCCCUGCUGCAGAGAAAUUAAUAAAAGAUAACGAUUGUUAAAUAAAA